CGAGCCCGGGCGACGGCGGCGGGGCCCGAGCGCGGAGCCCCCGGCAUAGAGCGCGCACUGGGGUGUCCCGGCACCCCGCUCGCCCCGGGCCGCCGCGGAAGAUGGUGGCGGCGCCGUGCGCCCGGAGGCUGGCGCGGCGCUCGCACUCGGCACUGCUGGCGGCGCUCAUGGUGCUGCUGCUGCAGACGCUGGUGGUGUGGAAUUUCAGCAGCCUGGACUCCGGGGCUGGAGAGCGGCGGCGCGCGGGGGCAGCGGCGGGAGCAGCCGAGCAGCAGCAACAGCAGCCCGCGGCCCCGCGCCGGGAGCGCAGGGACCUGGCUGCCCAUCCGCCCGCAGCCCGCGGAGGACCUGGAGGCCGAGCCGGCGGAGGAGGAGCACGGGGAGGCGGCCCCGGAGGAGCCCGCGCGCAGCAGCCUGCCAGCCGUGGGGCACUGGCCGCCCGGGCGAGGGACCCACACCCGAGUCCACUGAUCACCCUAGAAACUCAGGAUGGCUACUUCUCUCACCGGCCCAAAGAAAAAGUUCGCACUGACAGCAACAAUGAGAACUCAGUCCCCAAGGACUUUGAGAACGUGGACAACAGCAACUUCGCCCCCAGGACCCAGAAGCAGAAGCACCAGCCAGAGAUGGCAAAGAAGCCACCCAGCAGGCAGAAGGAGCGUUUGCAGAGGAAGCUGGAGGCUCAGGACAAAGGACAGGGCCAGUCAGUCCUGGGCAAAGGCCCCAAGGAGGUGCUGCCUCCCCGGGAAAAAGCCACAGGCAACAGCAGCCAAGGGAAGGAUCUCUCAAGACACAGCCACGCCAAGAAGAGUGGUGGCGGUGGGUCUCCCGAAACUAAGUCUGACCAGGCUCCCAAGUGUGACAUUUCUGGCAAAGAGGCCAUCUCAGCACUGACCCGUGCUAAGUCCAAGCACUGUCGUCAGGAGAUUGCAGAAACCUAUUGUCGCCACAAGCUGGGACUGCUAAUGCCAGAGAAGGUGACUCGAUUCUGUCCCCUGGAGGGCAAAGCCAACAAGAAUGUCCAGUGGGAUGAGGAUGCCGUGGAGUACAUGCCUGCCAACCCAGUCAGAAUCGCCUUUGUCCUGGUGGUCCAUGGCCGCGCCUCUCGACAGCUACAGCGCAUGUUUAAGGCCAUCUACCACAAAGACCACUUCUACUAUAUCCACGUGGAUAAGCGUUCCAACUACCUGCACCGGCAAGUGCUCCAGUUCUCCAGCCAGUACGACAAUGUCCGUGUCACCUCCUGGAGGAUGGCCACCAUCUGGGGCGGCGCCAGCCUCCUGUCCACCUACCUGCAGAGCAUGCGGGAUCUCUUGGAGAUGACUGACUGGCCCUGGGACUUCUUCAUCAACCUCAGUGCUGCUGACUACCCCAUCAGCUUCCAAAAUGACUCCUUCCAUCCCAGAAAGAGUAAGAAAGUUAAGAGUGUUCCCGGACAUGGGCAGACAGCCCGGCCCACCUUCUUUGCCCGCAAGUUCGAAGCCAUAGUGAACCAGGAAAUCAUUGGGCAGCUGGACUCUUACCUGUAUGGGAACUAUCCUGCGGGCACCCCAGGCCUCCGCUCCUACUGGGAGAACGUCUAUGAUGAGCCAGAUGGCAUCCACAGCCUCAGCGAUGUGGCGCUUACCCUGUACCAUUCCUUCAUCCGCCUGGGCCUGCGAAGGGCUGAGCUGUCCCUACACACGGAUGGGGAGAACAGCUGCAGGUACUACCCAAUGGGCCACCCAGCGUCUGUCCAUCUCUACUUCCUUGCUGACCGCUUCCAGGGCUUUCUGAUCAAGCACCACGUGACCAACCUUGCUGUGAGCAAACUGGAGACACUGGAGACAUGGAUGAUGCCAAAGAAAGUCUUCAAGAUCGCAAGUCCCCCCAGUGACUUUGGGAGGCUUCAGUUUUCUGAGGUUGGCACUGACUGGGAUGCCAAGGAGCGGCUAUUCCGGAACUUCGGUGGUCUCUUGGGGCCCAUGGAUGAGCCAGUGGGGAUGCAGAAGUGGGGGAAGGGCCCCAAUGUGACCGUGACUGUAAUUUGGGUGGAUCCCGUCAAUGUAAUUGCGGCCACCUAUGAUAUCCUAAUUGAGUCCACCGCAGAAUUCACACACUACAAACCCCCUCUGAAUCUGCCCUUGAGGCCCGGGGUCUGGACAGUAAAGAUUCUCCAUCACUGGGUGCCGGUUGCAGAGACCAAAUUCCUUGUCGCACCCCUGACCUUCUCCAACAAGCAGCCCAUCAAACCAGAGGAGGCAUUGAAGCUGCACAACGGGCCACCUCGCAGUGCCUACAUGGAGCAGAGUUUCCAGAGCCUAAACCCGGUCCUCAGCCUGCCCAUCGAUCCUUCCCAAGUGGAGCAGGCCCGGAAGAAUGCAGCCUUUGUUGGCACAGCACUAGAAAACUGGCUGGACUCGCUGGUAGGUGGGACCUGGACUGCCGUGGACAUCUGUGCCACAGGUCCCACCGCCUGCCCAGUCAUGCAGGCGUGCAGCCAGACAGCUUGGAGCUCCUUCAGCCCCGAUCCCAAGUCAGAGCUGGGUGCAGUCAAGCCUGAUGGCCGGCUCAGGUAGCAGUGGCCACGUGGGACCGAUGGAGCUCAAACCCCAGUCUCUGACCUUGUAGAGAGGGCAUGCCUUUUGUACAAGGACCUCUGCUGACUGCAGGAUGAUGGAGAGAGGGUUUGGAGGCCAGAGAAGAGUCAGCCUGUAUUUGUCAAGCUGGCAAAUACAGCUUGAGGGAGGUGACUCAGUCCUAGGGCCACAGUGGUCUCCCCUCUUCUGGUUGCUUCUCAGUUCUCCAGGGUCCUGUUCUCUCCCUCCGAUGGCCUGCACUUGUCCCCCCACAAGUGAGUUUUCAACUUUUAUUUUGAGCAGCAGAACUUUGUUUACUCAGCACAGUCGGAGGUGAAAGGGCAAGACCUGGAUGAAAUCCAGGCUGCUCUCUGGUUGAUGCUGAGGUGUGUGAGGUUCCUUCUUGAAACUCAGCCCACCAGGUGGUCCUCUGCCAAGGGCAUCUCUAAGGUACCUCUUCUGAACCCAAGGGCUCUGUUUAAGCCAGUUUGACAAGCACUGCCCUGAGCAAGGGUGGGAUCUCCAUCCCUUCCCUUCCAUUAAGCUCUUCGUUUCUGUGGCUGGGAAACCUUGUACUCAUGCUAACUUAGCAAGCUGCUGGAGGCCAUACUCCAGGCCUUCUUAGGGAGGUCGAGAUGGGGGAGAAUCUGAGGGUUCCUGUUGCCACUCAGUGAGCUGAAAGCCAGAGGUUCAGGAAAUCCUUCUGAUGUGAAACGGCCAAGGUCCCCCAGACAUGUGACUGCCAACUUUCCAUCUGUCCAGGUCAGCCUCUUCCAAGGCUGUCACAAAUGGUAACAAGAACAAGAAAAAGCAUUUAGAGCCUGAGCUUCAAUUCUCCUACCUUGUCCCUGGGAGACAGCUCCUGUGGCCUCUUUGGUACUUGAAAGUGGGAGUAAUGCAGAACCUGGGCUCUGGAUCUCAAAGGGGAUUAUCUGGACCUGAGAUUCUGAGCUGGAUGGCUGCAUAGUCACACCCCUUAUGUUCUGAGGUCAGGCACCCCAAACCUUUGUGAACUGUGCACUUGGUGCUGUUGGCUGUAACCAAACUGCAUGGAUCAGACUCCUCCCACGCAGGAACAAACAUUUCAGAAAGGGUCUGUAAUUUCAUAUCCUUCCUUGCCUAGGGUGCCAACAGGCUCAGUCUGGCCAUAUCACAUAAAAGGAAGGUUGAGUUUCAAAAGUGGGAAGGUAGUUCAAAAAAAUAGUGUUAUUCAUGUUGCCUGAGUUGCCAGAAACCCAAGGGUUUUCUUGCCAUGUGUAUUCGGUGGGGAUUGAGGAAGUCGCCUUCCUCCUUGAGUCCUCCAAAAGAAAAUUAUCUGGGAAAAGUUUCACCCAUCCUUGUAUCUCUCCCAGAAUGGAUAAGGUACUUAAGUCCCCCUUGAUGACGCAUCUAGGGCACAGCCCCUCUCCAUUCUAACAUGGCGGGCAUAGAGAAGGGACCCUUGAUAUUUAUUAUUUAUAUGUUUUAGUCAAUGACUAAUUAGUAGGUGCUGUUUUUUGCAGCUUGUCGAUUAUGUUAUCUUACUAACUGAAACUGCCUUUAUUCACAAAAGGCUCCCCUCCCCCUCCCUUCCCUGGUUUGCCUACCUUCCUCUCUCAGUCUCGCCCUUUUUGUCUCUCGGUGUCCAUCCUACAUCCUUCUGGUUCUGAAAACAAAGCAGGAGUGUUAUAAACCAUGGCACAGUUUCAACCAGCACCCGCACUGUCAGCAAGCAGACCAGCUUGGAUGGCUGGAACCUCCCUUUUGCUUACCCGGGUGUUGAUCUCAUCUGUCUCUCUAAAUUCAAAAGCGUUGGAAUGCCUGAGUCGUCCCCCCCCCCCCCGCCCAUUACCCUGGCCCCAGGCUUGUGAACAAGGAUGUGAGGGAGAGGGGUGCCGAGUAUAGAACUCUAGGUCCACCCAAUUGCCCCACCUCAGGCUUCUCCUGACCAGUUUAACCAUGAGGAUGAGCUAUGAGUAGCAGACCAAUCCAAGAGUGAUUGGUCUUAGGAGGGAGGGUGGGGUCAGACCCGGCCAGGGGAGCUUAGCAGAUGACUACUGUCUAUGCUGGUUCUGGAGCCAUCAGGUGGCUUCCUCUAAAAACCCAUUGGAUCUGCAUUGGUUUUAUAAACCUGUGAGAACCGUGAGCCUGGUCACCCAGCUUUUGCCUUGGUCAAAGUUUCCCUGGGACUGUGGGACCUCUGGGAGUUCCCCCUUUACUUCUCUUGUUCUAGAGAUUUGUGUAUUCUGUCCUGAAAGGUCCCUAUACACUCUAGGAACUACAGACUCUGAGACAAGGUCUGUCCUGACCAAGUGACACUCAGUGACAUUUUUCACCUUGUAACUAUUUGGAAAUGCCAAGCCGAUGUAUUCUGGGGCCACUUUGCACCCCUUGAGCUCCUUCUUCACUCACCACAACUAACUUGGGGGUAAUUUGUUUACUGUGUUUUUGGACCCAGAGAAUAAUUUUGCUUUUAGUGAGAGAGAGAAUUUAAAACAAGUUCAGUGUACUUUAAGAAUAUUUUCCAAUGGAAAUGGCAUAAGUCCUUAUUUCUUGGUGUCUUCCUGCCUGAAAACAAUGUCUUUGGAGACCAUUGGUGAAACAACAACCUUGGUAGAUGGCUUCCUGAGGGUUUUAAAAGCACAGAAGUGUCAUCUCUGGGAACCUUAAAGUCUGCAGAAACAAGAAGCAUGGGCUUAACUGCUGACCAAGUCCCAGAGUGUCUGGAAGGCUGAGAGGGAAGCUGGGUAUCCCUUAUGGGGAGAACUAUUUUAGAUAGCACCUCUCCAUGCCAUUUGACAACUACCCCUCCCAAAGCCUAUUUCCUAGGCUGUUCAGAAAGCUGCAAGUCUCCAAGAAGGAAGGGAGCAACUCCCAAUGCCUCCUUGCUUUAACAAUGCAGUCCUUUUUCCCUUCCACAAGGAUCUUCCUGGUUUCGUUUAUCAUUGUCGGUUUAACUUUUUAAUUUAAAUUAAGUUAGAGGGUAUAAACAGGGCCACACAAAUCCGGGGGAGGGGAGAGAGAGAGAUGCAUGUUCAUAUUCAUGCACACACAUGUACGUACACACACGCCAACGGAGUUUGGAUGUGUGCCUGGGUAUUCACAAAACAUACCUCCUUCAUGCUGUCUGGUUUUCAGAUAGAUAAUAGAGGAUGCUGACUGAAACUAUGGCCUCUCUCCCAAGACAUUCCAUAGCAGAAAAGAGUAAUCAGUGCCUAUGAAGAAGAAAAAAACAUUUUCAACCAGGUUCAUGAGGGUUCAGAUCAGCAGUUCCUGAGAGCUUUAAUGAUAGACUGGAAACUAAUGUCAUCCCCAUCAGCUUGAGCAUGCAGAGAAGGCUUGCCAGGCCAGAGAAACUCUACUGCAGGGGUCAUCGAAGCAUAAUGAGGUCCAAGACACAAGCAUAGAUGGGUAAAACCACGGGUGAAAGAAAAAAAAAUGGAGUGGUGGGGAAUGUGUUCUUACUGACUUCCACGUGACCCCUCCAGUAAAAAGAGCAGCUGUGGCUCAGCUCUCAGCCUAUCAAAGCAAGUAAGCAAGUGAAACUCAUUGCAGUGAAGUCUUCUAUCUGCUAAGGGAAACCAGACAUCCAGUUCCUGUUUGUUCGAUUUUUUGUUUAAUAGGAAAUCUAGUUUUUCAUUAUUGGCUACCUAUUCUUUCAUAUUUUUUUUGAAUAUGUGGGCAAAGUAAAACUCCACAGUUGUGCACGUCUUCUUGGGCAAAGUCUUCUUUCUGGGAAGGUAGUGGUUUAAAUGAAGGAAAGAGCCAAGGGUAAGAGUGCAAAAGGAACAGCUCAUACUAAACUGUGGAGGACUCAAGGUUUCUGCUUGGUCGUUCCUUUCUCAGACAGCCUGUCUUAGGCAGGAGGGCUGGCUCAUGGGCUGCUCUGGUUUGUGCUGAAGAAGAAAAACUGCAACCUGGGGUCUGAGGUGGCGCCUCAGACACAAAGAGUCUGCCCAGGUCCCCACCUUCCGGUAUCCCAUCAAACUGAGCAGAGAUGACAAUGGUGCCCUCCAGGAGAUGAGGCUGGGGAGCCCUAGGACCCACUCCAGAGUCCACAUCUGAGUUGCCAUGCUGCCACCAUGCUGGAAGGUUCUUCAGAAACCACAGGGGGGCCUGUGCUGGCUCACAAGUAGUCUUCUUUGCUUCUGCCUCAGUUACCUUAUUUUGCCCAAGGGUCAACCCCAGGCGCUACCUCAAUGUCUGCUGAGAAGUUUACCUGGGGAUGGGGUGGAAUGAAGGUGGCUAACCAUGCUGGAGCUGAAUGUACAAUCUAUGCAAAUUCAUUCAUUUUUCUCUCUGUGUGUGUGUCUUUCUCUCUGUCUCUGUCUCUCCCUUCUCCUUCCUCCUCUUCCCUCUCUCUUUCUCCUCCUUUAUCUUACAAGUGUGCACAUUUUUUUAAGUUUAUGAACAAAAUACUCUACAGGACCCUCUUAAGACUGAGGAGGGCUGUCAUCCUACCACCUGUGUCUAUCCCUCCUGUUGUCUUUGGUUCUGUUCUUGCCAAGCCCCACAGAGGGAGAAAGUAGCCUCUCUUCUCCCCUCACUUGGCUGGGAAUAUUCUCACAGCCUCAGCAUGCGAACAUCACCAGGAAGCAGGCACUGCAUCCCCCCUCCACCCCACCCCAGCCCUGCUCCCAGCACCAUCUUCUCCUUUCUGCAUUUUCCUCCUACCUCCCACCUUCAUCUCCACCCCUUUCAAAAAGCCUUAGGUUUCUCCUUUUUGAAAUGUGGCCUUAAAAUUAUUUUUGGAAAGCUGACAUCCUCCCCCUCUAAUUUCCCCCACCACCACAGAAGAGAGAGCAUCUUGAAGCCUGCAUGUGUGGCGGCCUCCUGAGCAAAGGGACUGCCAAUCUGUAGCCUGCAGAUGCACUAGGAAUGGCUUAAAUGUCGUCUUUAAGAAAAAAAUGUUCUCGUAUUUUUCUCCUAUGGGCAAAAUGAAGUCUCGGGUGCUUGUGCAGUUCUGAGGCACUCUCCUAAACGUGCUGCCUCGCUGGCAUCACCAGCAGGAUGCGCCCCACAGCUUUCCAGUCCCCCAUCCCCCCAAGACCCAGUGACUUUAGGUACUCCAUUCAAAGGUAAAUCAGGAGUAUUCCUCAGUUUAUUUCUUCAUCUUUCUUGCCUGGAAAGUAACAGCAUUAAAUAUUCCCAGGAGAUGGGCCAUGUUCUUGAAGGCAUGGCCCACUCCCUCCUUCAGACUCAACCUUGAACCCUUCCAUCACUCCAGUGCUGAUGGAGGCCAAAGACAACCCCAGGGUUUUCAUAGGAAACUCGCUGGUAUUGAGCGCAAUUGUCUUUAUCCAUUUUUUCUUUUUAAAGGAAAAAAAGAGACUCUUAUGUUGUCGGUAGCAUUUGUCCAGAUGUUUGUUUUAGAGGCCUCAAGAUAAGUUAUUACUGCCUCCUUCUUUGUUUUCAAAGACACGUGGCGAUAUAGUUUUUAAAAAUAACUAUUUUGUUAUAGAUCAUAAUACGCAUAAAACUGUACAGAAAUAUUUUGUAAUGUAUUGAUUUUAAAAAAAGAGAAUCUGUAAAUAAAAGUUUAAAAAAUAAGAAAGAAUUCACAUGGCACAUGUUGAAAGAUGUAGAUAUUUUGCUAUUUAUUUAAAGGAGUAUUUUAAGAAAUAUUAAACUAUCUGAAUUUGACCAAUAAUCAAAGUUCCAAUCAUCUGAAUACUUUUCAUCAAGGUAGAGUCCAGUUCUCGCAAUUGUGUUAUCCACCCAUAUUUGCCUCUUUCUUGUCUUUUCAUUUAGCAGAAAACAACAACAAAAUUGUGCCUUAGCUGUAUUUCUGUCUAGGGGAAUUUCUUUCUGUCCAACAAAGCAACAUUUUUUUUUUUUUUGCAGAAAACAAUGGAUUAUUAAAUACUGUAUUAUACCAAAAACACCACAGGUGUACAUAGACGCUUUCUGCCAUACUGUGUUUUCAGAUGCAGAAUUUUAAAAUAAAAAAAAAAGUCUCUAUGAAA